UUCCGCAUGUUAGCGCUCCGACUUCCCGCAGGACGACAUGACGGAUCCGCCGCUAAGCGAAAGUAGCGCUGCCGUUUUCUAACUCGGCGUUGUGUUGACGAGCCCGGCGGGUUUAUUUUCACUUUUGGCUUCGCUUGUUUUGUGUUAUCUGUCAAGUCGCCGGCGGAGCAGCAGGACGGACGGACCAGACUUUCGAGUCGAGCCUCGUUCCUGAAUCAAACUUUUAACUCCACGAAUAAACAUGUCGUUUGCUAACGCGGACGGGAAUCCGGCUAUAACCUGGAGUUUUGCUCCUGACGUGUGACUAGACGACUAAAUGCACGGUUUGCUAGUUUCCAGUCGGUUGUUUUACGGUGUUGUUGUCCUCGAGGAGAAGUUGUAAACAAGUGUUCCUGCAUGUAUUUAACACGAGAGCACUAUCAAGAUGCCAGUAGAGAGAAUGAGGAUGCGGCCGUGGCUGGAGGAGCAGAUUAACUCCUGUCAGAUCCCAGGACUGAAAUGGGUGAACAAAGAGAAGAGAAUCUUCCAGAUCCCGUGGAUGCACGCCGCCCGUCACGGCUGGGACCUGGAGAAAGAUGCUCCGCUGUUCAUGCGAUGGGCCAUACAUACCGGUAAAUACCAACCAGGUGUGGACCGUCCCGAUCCAAAGACAUGGAAAGCUAACUUCCGCUGUGCCAUGAACAGUCUGCCAGACAUCGAGGAGGUGAAGGACAAAAGCAUCAAAAAGGGAACUAACGCCUUCAGAGUUUAUAAGAUGCUCUCGUCCAUGGAGAGGAGCUUGAAAAAAGGAAAGAAGAAGAUGGAUAAGGAGGGGAAGUCCAAAGCAAAUAAAGAGGAAGCCUCUCCGUGUCCAGACAGAACUCCUUUCGAAGCCCAUGCCGCACCUGUUGACUACACCAAACAAGAACUGAUCAAGCAGGAAGCAGUGGAGCUCACAGUGACCGACAGCGCGUCAGUGGUUCCCAGUUCGGUGGACGACAACGUGAUCACCAGCGAGCAGCUGCCGUUCGUCUGCCAGACGGUGGAGGUGACCACUGAGAACGAGGAGCAGACCGUCAGCUCCUCCCACUCGUACCCGCUGCAGAUCUCUCCCGUGUCCUCGUGCUGCGGCAGCGACACGGACAGCGAUACAGAAGAGAUCAAAGAGGGUAUCGGUGCCGUGUGGAGGCGGGACUACAGCACGUCGGUCCUCAGGAUCCCCAGGUGUUCUCUCCCCGGCAUGGCCACCUUCGUCAGUCCCAGCAAGCCCAACUUCAGGGUCACCAGCACGCGAGACCCGGCGCCUCUCAUCAGCUACCACAGCGACGGCUGGACGCAGACCUACAGCCAGAACUCUCUCAUGUCCGCCGCCACCGCUCACACCCACGAGAUGCGCGCGAGUGUCAUCAUGAAAACCUCCGACGUCACCUCGUCCUGACCUCUGACCUCAGACGAGGGAGCCACAUCACUGCCUCCGGGGCGCAGGGAUGACAGAGAAUGUUUGUUUUCUCCGUUAGGGCCACGUUGGGGCCUCGAAAGGGGCAAACUUCCACACCUUUGAUUUAUCGUAGCACCUGUCUGGGCGUCGGUUCUCUCGGUUUUCACUUUCACUUGAUUGGUGUUAAUUAACUUAGCUGGCAAGAUGUGAGCACUUCAGGUGAAUCUACUUUUUGCAACGGACCUGCGUGAUGUAAAUGCCAUCGGCUUCCCUCGUGUGUGGGAGAAUUUGCAGCCCACUUAUUGUAUAUAUGCAGGAUGAAGUUUAGAAACAAAUGGACAAGCGUGUAUGCAGAACUGGGUGCGCCCCCCCUCCAAGUCCGUUUGAGAGUUUAUCUGGCCCUUUAUGACCCUUAAUCAUCCAUGUGUCGCUGGAAUCGCUGCUUUGUGGCAACACUUUAGUGGAAUCAUUUUAUUCAUAUGGCACCUUUUUUUAAAAACAGAGUUUACAGACAGGAAAAAGAGAAGGAUUCUCAGGAAGAUCAGUGCAGACAGAAAUAAAAAAACUGUAAAAAAAAAAAAAAAAAGAGACCAGAGAGGCUAAAGUGGAGAAAUAGAGUUAAAAAAAUAUUUACAAAAUAAAUCAACACCAGAUGAAAUAAUAAAAAUCCAAUUAUGGAAAAAGUAGAAUAAAAGAAAAUACAGGAUGAAGACAAGACUAAAAGUUCUAAUAAUGGUAAUAAUUAUUAAUUGAUUAUGUAAAUAAGUCCAUUUAAGGCUAAAAGAGCAUAAAACCAAUACGAUAGAUAAAAUGUACUCACUGUUGGAUGAAAAAAAUCCACUUUUACUGAUGAAAGGAAAACAUGCUUUUAGUUUUGAGGAGUUCUUGAGGCUUCAGCCUGCAGAUGAGCUCGUUUUUAUUAAAUCCGUUAUGCGUGAGUCAGUAUUUUAGCACUUAUCGUUUGAAAUUCAUCAGCUGUGUGUCGAUUUCCUUUACCUGUGUUGGCAUAAACUGCUUCACUGGAGACACGUGGAUGGGAAAAAAAAAGAUUCCUCGAAGUUCGUAUUCAUACUUUAUCUGUUUGGGAGGAAGCUACAAAACGAAUCAAAGGCGCGUUGUUUAAUCAGAGUGACAAUCAUUAGGCCCUGCUGUGGCCCACGGUGGAAGGCAGGCGUUUGUUUUUUAUUUUUUAAAUCUGUCUGCCUGUCUGGAGACCUCAGGACAAUGCACUCGCCAACCAACAGACAGAUGGACUGACUGACUGACAGACGGUGAACAACCUACUCGUGUCUUCUGCCUUCCUGGUGUUAAUAAUGUACAUAGCUCAUGUUUGCCUGCAAAGCCGCUACAAGCACCUUACGGACAGCACUGGCGUGUUUGUGUGUUUUUGUUUUUGUUUUUGUUUUUGUGUGAAAGAUGGAAAGAAAAGCCUUAUCGAUGACGUGUGCCUUUUGUGACUGGAUUCAAACUCGUCUGCGCUUUAGCCUGCUAGCAGGUCGUUUAGGUCGACGUGACGAGGCCGGGGGCGCCCGAUGGGAGGCUCAGAGAAAUAAAGAAGUGGUCGGAAUUUGAGGACGUUGGCCUCGAGGACAGUUAGAGGAAGAGACGGCAGGACUUAACCGCAGAGCUCCAGAGUUCACCUAAACGUCUUGAGUUGGCUUUAACUGCACCCACAAUCCAUUUUACAGUCUGCUAGUGUAUUUUGCUGCUGAUUUUAGCUGCACGAGUCCAUCACGUCCACCUUUUCAUCCCUAAUAGAGUCAUCUGGAGCUCUGCAGUGUCUCAUCUUAAAGUCCUGAGAUGUUUGAGCCUAAAAAUGUAAAUCCUGCACAUUUGGGUUCAGGUGUUUAGUCCUGGUGAGCGUCGCCGUCCUCUGGGUUCGCUGGCAGCUAGCAGGCUGAAGCACAGGUUUCAGGAAGAAGUAGUGCAAAUAGGAAUCUGCAAUGUCUCAAAAAAAAAAAAAAAACAAACUCCUGGAGAAUUUAACACUGGACGCACAUAACUUUCAUGGUGAUUCUCGCUGAAUCCGAGGGGUUUGGGGCUCGCUUCACUGUACACAACAUUUCUUCUACGUGCCUUCGCUUUAAAAAGGUUUCUCUCGGUGGUUACAGUUCACGAUAGUUCUCUGUGGGUGAUAUUUAAAGCGCUGUAUACUAAUAACUUUGCCGAUAGCCAUAACAAACACCUGCCUUUCUGUUCUUCAGUAAUUCUUUUUUUUUUUUCCUGCGGUGGUCACAUCCUCUCUGAGUGUAAUAAUGAAAAGGAACAGCUGAUAAUAGACUGUUGGUGACGUUGAAAUGUGCCAAAUUUGAGGAUAUUUUUUAUUUUUUACGACCGAUUUAUGUUUUCAGCGUUGAAGCAUCAGACCCUAAUUUGCAUCGCCUUAAAAUAAAAACACGCCCGACGGGGUCGUCACAAAGACAGAAUAACUGAAGUGCACUUUUUACAUGGUUGUUGAUUUUUGUUCUGCGACGUGUAUGAAAGGGAACUCGACCCGAAAGUCAGCAGCCGACGACUUUACAGUGAUCGUGGUCGGUUGACGUUUCCAACCUGCUUGUGCUUUAUUUGAUUCUGCCGAGGUGUGUCUCUACUCUUUGCACUUACCAUAAAAGAAAAAAAAGAAAUAAAUCAACAUUCAGUUCAAAGGAAAACAGAUGAGCUUCUUCAUGGUCUCCACUGUAUGUUCCCUGUACAUUAACCUACAUGUGAAUCGACAUGUAAAUCUGAAUAAAGACUUUUUAUAUUUAA